UUGGAGGAUAACCCUGGUUUUCUUUCAGUGAUAAACGUUACACUUCCUGAUGAAGCGGCUCAAUAUGUGCAUCGUAUUGGACGUGUUGGACGAGCAGAGAGAAUGGGAUUGUCUAUUUCGUUGGCGUCUGCGCAUGAAGAGAAGGUAUGGUAUCACAAGUGUGGUAAUCCGAAAUGCCGCAAUACGAAUGAUCUGUCGCAAGGUGGCUGUACGAUCUGGUACAACGAGCCUAAAUUAUUAGCCGAUAUUGAAGAGCACCUCGGACAAACAAUAGCUAUCGUUGAUUGCGCCUUCCAGAUACCGGUAGAUGAAUUCGAUGGUAAAAUUGUUUAUGGUGCGAAGCGAGCCAAUGUGACGACAUUCGAAGGUCAUGCUCCUCAGUUGGCUGUGUCUGUGGCACAGUUGGCAGAUCUGGAAAGAUCCCUGCAAUCAAGCUAUCUGGCAGCCGUUGGUGACAGAUUCCGCAAGAUUAUUGUGACUUGA